AUGUCAACGAAAAUCGAACAUGCUGUGGCUUUGGCCAACUUCCCAACGGCCCUCAGCCCCAUGUCAGCUCCCGAAUGCGACAUUGCGACACCCACACCGGCCUCAUCCACGAAGCAGUCGCCAUCUCAAUCCAGCUCCGGUGGUAAUCCGCCGUCGAACUCGAAACGGCCUCCCAGAAAAAGCACACUCACUCAGCAACAAAAGAAUCAGAAGAGACAAAGGGCUACCCAGGAUCAGCUUACAAUUUUAGAGGUAGAGUUCAACAAAAAUCCAACUCCUACUGCGGGAGUUAGGGAGAAAAUCGCAGAGGAAAUCAACAUGACCGAGAGGUCUGUUCAAAUCUGGUUCCAGAAUCGUCGAGCCAAGAUCAAGUUGUUGGCGAAGAAGAGUCUGGAAACGGGUGAGGACAUUGAUUCAAUUCCUGAUUCGAUGAGGGCCUACCUGGCCAUGCAGGCGCUGGAAACAGGUAAAGGACUCGGCGCAAACUACCUCGGCCGCACCGGCUUGAUGCCGUUUAGCCAUAACGUCAUGAUGCUUGGUGGUGACCAGUCUGGUCAAGGCAAAGUCUUGAUUCAUCAUCUUACCUGCAGAUCCCUCAGCAUUGGAAAGUGGACUCGAGUUGGACAAAACACUAUGGAUCUGAUUGUGUUUUAUUCACCCGACAAGUGUACAAUGACCUAUUACAUCAACAACGAACAAGCCGGAUAUAAAAUUGAGUACCCGUUUUCGUUCAUCAAGAACAUUUGGCUGGAAAACAACGAAACAGAUCUUAACAAGAUCGGUGGCAUUGUCAUCGAGCUGAACCGUGCGCCCAACUUCUUCAUGGAUUCAUCGUCUGUAGCAAACGGCUUCUUCCAGUGCCCCGAUUUCACCGAGGAUACGCAGGCCACGCAGUGCAUGAUUCAUCAAUUGGGAGGCAAUCCCAAGAUUCUGACAAAUCAGCUGGCCAAGCUGGUGUCGCUCGAUUCGUUUAUGAAUCGACACAAUCCUCAGCAUUUUGUCAUGGGCCCUGUCCACGAUCCUCACACCAUCUCCGUUUCAGCUCCCGUCUCACCCACGGCACGACCGGCGUCGCAACCUAAUUUCCAUCAACCACCCACCGGAAUGAUGCAGGAUCACUGGGCCAUGGACCAUAUGCAUUCCGCCAUGGGCCCACCACCUCACGGUCACAAGAGACAGCGUAGUCGGUCCGUACCAGGCCCCGUCGACUUCGCCAUGUUCCAUAACCAACUGAUGCCGUCCUUCUACAUCCAACCACCUGGCGAGACAGGACUGUCGCAGCACAGCUCGAGUAUCUACGCGCCUGUGCCUCAACAACCAAGCUCUAUGGGCCCCGGUCUGAGAAUUGACACUCAAGCCCCGUUUGGCCUGGACAUGCGCCAAUACCCCAUAUCGGCCACAACAGCCUCGCCAUCUGAUUUCCCGCCAAGUCCAGCCGGCACUUACCUGUCUCAAGGACCGGAGACAGGACCUAUCCCUACCGCCCACUUCGUUACACCAUACGGCAAUGGCCCCUUCCUAUCUCCUCCCAUGGUAGGAACGGAUAACGGAGGCAUUCUGUCUCCCAUGCCCUAUACUGGUGUCGCUACCGAACCAUCCAUUGUUGAGCAAUCCCCUCCAAUGACCAUGAUGGGGCGCCCGGGAUCCGCCGAACUUUAUGCCGUUCACGAUGGUUCCUGCACAAUCUCGGAGGAUGGUGUCAGCCUGAACGAGAUGUAUUCCAAGCACACCAUCAACCUACCCAUGCACGGCCAGUCUCCCGGCAGCUAUGUUUCAGCAUCGCAAGGCGAGCUUGACAUGGAACAGCUGGUACAUUUUGAACAUAUCGACUCGGUCAGCAUGUCCCCCGAGUCGGUGCACCCAACAGCUCAAUGA